AUUAUGGGUCACUAUGGUGACCUGCACAGUGCAUUUCGUGCCCUAAAAAAUGAAAAUAUAUACUAAAAAGCAGUGAAUAGUAGGUGACACAUUGACCAACGGGUGAACUUGCUCUGAUAGUUCCAUUCCAGAUGACGUGUAAUGUUUUGACCAAAAAACAACCUAAAACUAUCCAAAAAAGCGAAUAACUAAAAGAGUUAAAUUACAAAAAUCAGAAAUGACAAGAGAGAAUGGAUCCAGUUGCAACUGAAAUAGGAGGAGAGUCCUUCCCCCAACAAAAUUAGGGGAAAUACCAAAAUAUAUAAAUAAGAGAAGGAGAAUAAUAAAUAAAAAAAACAAAUAGUGAGUCUGACUCUGACAUCCUUAAUUGUAGGUGAAAUCAGAAAAACAAUAAAGCAGGGAGGACGUUUCAUCGUCUCAUCAGUUCUCAUCUCAUCUCGCCGGAACAUCUGCAAAAUAUUAUUCUAGAAUUCAACAAAAACGUAUACAUCGAUUUCACCUAACUAGCUUUACCAUACUUUGCGAUUUUCUUCAUACAUUCAACGUUCUCUCCUCUCACCUUGGAAUAUACCCCAAUUCUCAUCUUCUAUAUAUUUGGAUGUAGAGAGAGAGAGAGAGAGAGGACAAAAUAGAUGAUAUACCAUAUCAUCAUCAUCAUCAGAUUCUGAUUGACAGAAGGAGGAAGAUUCGGAAAGCCAGGUUCUUUCUGUUGUUUGAUGCAAAUUAUGCGGCGGCAGAUCAACUGAAUUUGAUCAGCGAUCCCGUAAAAAGCUUCAAUCUUGAGUACAAAGAUUGAAUUUUUAAUACAAAGAUUAAUUCAAUGUCGUCUUCUUCUUCUUCUUCUUAUACAAUGUGUCUUCCCAAUUCGCAUUUCCAAUCUUCUUCGAAUUCGCAUUCUCCUCCUUCUCCUCCUCCUCUCAAUUUGAGUGCCGCCGGCGCCGGAUACAUAGAACAUGCCGUCACCAAAUACGACACGCUCGCCGGGGUCGCCAUCAAAUACGGCGUCGAGGUGGCAGAUAUCAGAAAGAUGAAUGGCCUGGUUACCGAUCAUCAAAUGUUUGCCCUCAGAUUUCUGCACAUUCCACUACCUGGGAGGCAUCCUCCAUCCCCUUGUUUAUCAAAUGGUUCACCAGGGAGCCAGAGUAGUUCAGAGAGGUCCCCCAGAGUUGCUCCUCGGAAAGCCUCCCAGGCAAUGAACUCUUUACAAAGUUAUUAUGGGCUGAAAGCAAGAAAUCAGAACUCUAUCAAAAGGGAGAUUCUUGAAAUGGCUCUCUACAAAAAGGAAGGCUCCCAUUAUUUAGAAGAUGGGUCCUUACGUGGAGCCUCAUCUUUCAGCCUUUGUAGAAAGUCAAGAAGCUUAGUUAAGUUGGAUGAGAAUCGUGAACUUUCUGAUUCUGUGCCUAGUACAGAAACUAGGGAAGGUGACUCUGAUCAGUUGGGAAAAAGGAUUAGACGGCGCCAGAAAUCUGAAGCUGACUUUUGUCGCACCCCUGAGAUGCUGUUGGAAAAUAACACUACCAGUGGCGGGUUUUCAGCCACAGCAAUUACAGGGAAGUGCUUGGCCCUCAGACCAAAAGCAGCAGCCAAUCGAACUGCUGAUGUUGAAACUGGUGGGUUGAACCCUACUCCAGUAGGUCUUGGUGAUUCUUUUAUGGCAUCAGAUGGGUCUGGAGUGAGGAAGUCGUCAAGCACAUCAAAUUUGCAGGAUCAUGAAUCUAGCUGUUCUGCAUCAAUCUGGUCAGCAUCUAAAUGGAGUUUGAAGCCAGAUUUACAAGCGUUUUCAACUGCAGCCAUUACAAAACCCAUAUUUGAUGGCUUGCCUAAGCCUAUGGUUGGUCGACGAAACAAAGCCGCGCUUGAUUAAUUCAUUUGAUUCUUCUUCUUUCGAUUCAUUGCCAUUUUGAUCGAUAACUUGUCGCUUCAUCCAUUACCAGCUCUCAAGGAGGAACAACAAGAAAGCGGGAAAAGAUUUGAACUCCGAUACAUCAUUAAUCAUUGAUGUAUACGGGAGGGUUCCUAUCCUAUCUGGUGGAAAAGAGUUCCAUGCUUCCAUAGCAGUCCAAGCCCCUAGGCAUGUAGAAAUGAUCGGAGAAGCAAACUGUUACAUGUGCAGUUUGAACACUGUAUUAGAUACUAGUUAGAAAAUUGUGAGGAUUUGGAACAUACUGGCCAUUCACACAGGAUGUAUAUUACUUCUGGCUCCCCUUAGAUUUUUUUACCAAAAGGUUGAUUAUUAUGUGUAUUUUAUACUAACUAACCAUUCUUUCGGGGAACGUCUUGUAUACUUAUUUUUAUGGAGAGGCAUGGAGCAGUUACUAGACAGACCCUUGGUACAAUAAUGAAUUGUCUUUCCCUUCUUCCUCAGAUGUUGUGU